AAAGAAAGGUCAUAAGAAGGUAGUUGAGGCGGGAGAGCAAGUACUAUAAAUAGACUUGAUCAAAAAAUCCUUCUUCUCUGUGUUGAAUCUUCUUCUUCUUCUACUUCUUCAAGAUGAUUAAUGAAAACAAGAAAAUCGUUGAUACUGUUGCAACAGAGAUGGGGAAAUACGUGCUCUAAUAGAGAGGAGGUUUCGAGAAUUAACUAUCAGGCAGGAAAAAAUUGAAGAGAGAAUGUAUGGAGAAUUGAAUGUCUGGCUGGAAAAAUUUGAAGAGAGAAUGUUUGGAGAAUUGAAUGUCAGGCUGGAAAAAAUUGAAGAAAGAAUGUUUGGAGAAUUGAAUGUCAGGUUGGAUAAAUUUGAUGAACAAAUUUUAGAGUUGAAAAAAUGCAUUAAAUUUUCUAGGGAUCAUGAUAAAGGAGAAAAAAUUAUCGAAGCUGCCAUGAAUCCUUCCUCUAAUAGCCAUGAAAACUCAUCAAUGCAUCAGCUGGAGCAAGUUAAACAGCGCAGAGAACCCACACUCGCUACUUAUAGUCGCAAACGCAAUAAAAAGAAGGAUGUUAUUUCACUGACUGAAGAUGCUAGUGCUGAUGCACCAAUUGUAGGUUAUGUUCCCACAGAGAAAGCAACAAUAGACGUGAUUGAACAUAACAAUGUUCGCAUUUCGAUUGUGGAUGAUGUUGCUACCGAGGAAGACAUGAUUGCGAAAGACAAUAAUAACUCUUCAAUUGUAGAUGUUGUUUCCACAGAGGAAACCGAGAUGAACAUGGAAUUAGCAGUGAGCUGUGAAUUUUGUGUGACUGGUUAUCAUAAGGAGAUGCCCUUGGCUGUGCUAAUGGGGAAAAAGAGACUACACACAAUUUCAUCAAUGAAUCAUUAGCUGAUAAGUUAGGUUGUGAGACAGUUCCAAUCCAGCCUCAAACUGUUCGCUCGGAUUUGGGAGAAAUGGUGACUUCCAACUAUGCAACAACUUUCAAUUGUCAAUGGAAGGGAUUUUGUUUAAUUUGAAAGUGUACUUAGUUCCAUUGCCGUCGAAACAUGACAUGAUUUUAGGAGGAGAAUGGCUAGAAUGCCUUGAAAAAAUUGUAAUUAGUUAUGGUGGUAUAGAGUUGCACUUACGGGAAGCAGAGAAAAAAUUCAUUCCUUUCAAAAAAUCAAUUAGAGGCCGAAAACGCAACCGUUUCUAAAUGAGUUGAUGAUGAUGAUUCUUUAAGGAUGGUAAAUAGGAUUUAUCAUUCUAUUAAAGUCUAUUUGUUACUGUUUUCAGUAUUGAUACAACUUGUUGUAAGUCAUUUUGAGUUAUAAAUUCAUCUAAGUUUUUGCUUGUUAAGUUGUUGCUAUUGUGGAUUCACAUUUAACUCUCUGGUAGUUUGAUUGUCAAUGGUUUGUUAAUUGUUAUUGUUCAAUUUUCAUGUGAGUUUUUUCUCAUUUCUCUUAUUUUUGCAUCUUAUAUUCAUGAAGAUCGAAGGCGACGUGAUUCUUUUGUUUGCUGGAUCAAAUUUAUUCUUGUACUAUUGAAAACAAUUUACAAUAAGAAUUUGUAUAUUUGCAGUCAACUUAAUUACCUGUUUAUUCUUAGGAUAAUUUUAUAAAACAUUCCUUGAAGUUUCACUUUAUAACAUAUGUUUUCCUUUUGAUUUUGAAUAUUACAUCUUCCCCUUAUAUAUUCAUUGCAAUGUUUGUCUUUUAUUUUGUGACACAAAACUCUCUUUUAAAAAAAAAUGGAAAGGAAUGUGCAUUUAAUUAACUAUGAUGAGAAUAUAAUUUAGUUAUUACUCUUAGUUAAUGGUCAGUUAGUCACAAAGUUAGUUAACAACGUUCGUUUGUUUGUUAGAGUUAAUUAUAGAAAAGACAUUUUUUACAUACAGUUUGUUAACUAGCACUUAGUUUGUAUCUAUAUAUAAAUAGGAUCACAUGUAAUAGGUGAAUAAGUUUUUUUUUUCAUUUUUCAAUACAAUACAUUCUUCAUGAAGUUUUUCCAGAGCUAUGUAUUGAUCUUUGGUUGAAAGUAAGAAAAAGAAGCAGUUCUGUUUGGGAGCAAUGGGGUUACUGGGAGCGUAGGGGUUUGUCAGCAAUGUGUAAACAUAGUAGAUAUCCUAUUGUUAUUUCUGUUUCUUGAAAAGGGUGAAAACUUCACCCCCACCGCGAAAAAGGACUUCCAUAUAUGUAAAAUUGUUAACAGGUACUCAAUGGAUGAAGAACUAUACUAUGGAGUGGUAUCCCAAUUCACUUUUUAUGAUGUUUUAUGAUGAAUACGAGUUUGUCAGGUAUUCUGCUUAUACUAUAGCUUGUGAGUGGUUCUAUUGGCAACUGAAAUUAUUUGUUACCCAUAUAUCUGAAAAUGUUGUGGAUUUCUUGCUGAUUUUGUAUCUUUCAAUGUGGAUCAUUUCUCUGAUAGUUGUUGCACUUGUUAAUUAAUCCAGUAAUUAUGUAGAAGGAGCUGUUUGCAUCCCUGAUUAUUGUACUUAUCUAAAAUUUUGUCAUCCGAGAUUUUGCGUUUUCCUCUAGUUUGAAUUAUCCCAACUAUUUUUUAGCUGACAGAAUUGAAUUAUGUCAGGGUUGUGAAAAUGAAGGAAAUUUGGUUUCCAAGCAGUGACAUGCUAUAUGAAGUACUACCAUUGUCUACUAAGGAUUUGCUGAAAUUGAAGUGUGUCUCAAAGGGAUGGCAAUGUCUUAUGUCUGACCGCAGUUUCAUUCAAGGGCAGUUGAAAAAGAUGGAACCUCUCACGGGUUUCUUCUAUCAGGGUAGGUACCAGUGGUGUGAUGAAAAUUAUGACUGGAUCAGCUUCAUACCUAUAGAAAGAGUUACCACGGAUAUCUAUAUUGAUGUUCUGGAUUUCCUCCCAGAACGUAUUGUUAUCCAGGACUCAAGUUAUGGACUAAUCUGUUGUCGAAGUAGCUUUCCUUGUGAUGUUCCUGUAAUCUACGUCUGUAACCUGCUGAAUAAGGAGUGGAAAGAACUUCAGUGGCCAAAUCCUUCCAGAGAAAGCUGCAUAACCUUGGUUUUUGAUCCAUUCAAGAAUCCGAUUGAUGCAUUCACAAAGUUUAAGGUUGUGAUAGUUAGCCAAGAUGAAACUAGCACAGAAGGAGAUGGAUGUUUCUCAUUUAACAUUUAUUCAUCAGAAACAGGAGAAUGGAGAAUAUCCAGAGAGAUUUGUCUUUGCAAUCACAACAUGCAGAAAAAGGGAUGCAUCUGUGUAACUGGGAUUCUGUGUUGGCUUACUGAUGGAGACGAAAUCCUUAUGUUUGAUCCAGAAAAUGAGAUAUCUUGGUUGAUAAUGGUACCACUCCCCACCACCCAGUUCAAUCUAACACCCGAGAUGUGCAUAGGAGAAGCUGAAGGGAAGCUACAUUACGCGUUGAUAUCCGAACACGGACUUCAACUGUGGGUGCUGAAGGAUCAUUUUACUUCUCAAUGGGAUCUUACUUUUACCAUCUCUUUGGAAUUGCUGGAAAAAGAAAACGACAAGUAUCUGUUCAAGAUAGCUGAAAAGUUGGCAAGAGACUAUAAUUCCGCGUAUCCUUGGAUAGGGACUCUAGCUUUCAAGAACAACAUCUUGCUUAUGAGGGUUGCAGCUGAUAUCUAUUUGUAUCAGUUUGAUACAAUGAAGAUGCGACACCUCUGCAGCCUUUCUGCUCUUGCACCAAAGCCUUUCUUUUCUGCUACUGUUGUUCCAUAUACAAUGAGCUUAGUUCCACUUGCUUAGGCAUAAAAAGGUCACUCUUUUCUCCUUUGGUUUAGCAAUGUACGUACGUCAUGACCGAUAGAUUACAUGUUCUUUCUGAAUAUCCAUCAGUUUUUGUUCCAUCCUUCAGACGAGCAUGUUUAGAAACGCUUUAAUUUCACUAGUUUUUAUUAUAUGGCAAGUACAUUUGGUGCUGAGACAGAUAUUAAACAGGAAAGUCACAAUUACUUUAUCUUAGGUUGUAUUCUAUAUUAUCAUCUGAUGUCAAAGCUUUAUUAUA